AUGGAAACGAAGAGGAGACUAUUCCAAACCUACCCUAUUCUUGAAAGUGGUUACAAUUAUGUUGCUACGUCAGCAAAUAGUCAUGAUUCUCGUAAUCAUGAAGAUAUUGAAAAUAUUGGUCAAAUGCUAAGGGAUAGUCAUGGUUGUGAUGCAAUGGUACGAAGCUGUGGUAAUAAGGGUAAAUGUUGCGAUGUUCACGACGCUUGCUACAAGAGACAUGGUUGUACAGCUUCCAGUUGGUUUCUUUUAUGGGGUAAUUGUGCUACAUGCAACAGAGAUGUCAUGGGUUGUGUUGCCUUCAACAAUCCGGGCAAAAGUACAUGUUGUGCAGCGAGAAACUGUGGUCAAGCACGGCCAUAA